UAAUAAAAUAGCUUUUGUUUCUUACUGUAGUUUAUGAUGUCACCAAUAGGACAAGUUUUCAGAAGCUGGACUUGUGGCUAAACGAACUUGAGACUUACUCCACCAGGAAUAACAUAGUGAAGAUGUUAAUAGGAAACAAGAUUGAUAAGGAGACUAGAGUGGUCACCAGAGAAGAGGGAGUUAAAUAUGCAAGAAAACAUUCCAUGCUGUUUAUCGAAGCUAGUGCUAAAACUCGAGAUGGAGUUCAGUGUGCCUUCGAGGAACUAGUUGAAAAAAUAAUUCAGACUCCAGGAUUGUGGGAGACGGACAAAGCAUCACACUUAAAGCUAAGUGAUAGUGCAUUACAACAUGAAGGUGGACAAUGUGGAGCUUACUGUAUCAUAUAAGGACUACAUGGACUGUCUAAUCAUGCUGUUGAUGCUGAGACAUUGAAGUAAGACUACAGCAUGUGUGAAGAUCAGAAUUGAAGGGAUCAAUCAGUUUCCAUAGUACUGAUAACCAGUUUUUCAGCGGGUGUAUUUUUUUCAAGAAUCGUAUAUAAAGAAGUAAUUUAGAACCUAAAGUUCUGGAAAGAUAUGCUGGUGAAGAAGAAAAAAAUCAAGUUAAUUUGAAAUACAUAUUUUAUAAUUCUGGUAAAUGUUGUUUAUUUUAUACAUACUUCCUGCUUUUUCAGUAAAUUUAUUUUAUGAGAAAGUUUUUGAUUUAUGUUUACUUGGAAAUUCAGUUGUUGCUUGUCUCAAAUAUAUGUUGAUAUUAGCCCAAUUUAUCAGUAAGUUUUGGAGUUAUUACAUACGUGUUUGUAGUACUGCUAGUCGUGACGUUAUAACUGAUGUGUAAAUACAGUUGUUCUGAGCUGAUGCAAAAAUAAAUUGAAUCCUGGUCAGUUUAAUGUUAUUGUACAAAUACGUACAGAUGAGGAUAAUUUUCUUUUAUUGUAAUUCAUUUGAUACAUUGUGAAAUCUCAAUAAAAUGUGUUUUAUACUUGAA